AUGCCGAGGCGUAACAGCUCCAUCACCGUCGGCUCCAGUAUAACCGGCAACACGACCCCUAUCAAGGUAGACCAUGCUACCUCCACCACAGACGAUCGCAAGAACAAGCCAUGGAAGAGAUACGAUCUUCUCGCGCAAGGCUUCUGCGAGCUGGCCGCGGCCGAGAAGGAAGAGUUCCAAGAACUGGUGACUAAGGAUCGCGAAGUCCAUUCGGUCGACGACCUCACCGACUGGCACGAAUACUACCUGGAAAUGCUAGGGGUCAGCAGUACCGACGACGAUCCUAGUUUCUACCGUGCGAGCACAGGGGCAGAGAUACCCCCCGUGGCGCGGGACUUGCUCAAUGCUCCGUCCGCUUUCUCCGGCUUCGACUACGCAAACUCAGACUGGGAGCUCUCGCGUUCAGUGUACGCUGCAGGGCUUUUCACAGCCUCGAUCAAAGGGCCCCUCACGGCGAGCCCGUCCGCGUACCCCACCCUCGUCACCAUGGUUCAUUGCAUUGUGAAUGAGAUAAAUCGUGAAGACGCAGCCGUUACCGGGAAUGCAAACGCCAACGCCACCGCCAACGCCAACGCAGCGGCCACAAAUUCAGAGCCCGCAGCAGCAGGGCCCAGCAGGCAAGAUGACGGUCAGCCACCCCCGCCACCGUUACGGCCACCACCGCCCACGCCACCACGCCCUACUGCAGGUCCAGCACCCUCUCGCUCUCGCCUCCGCGUGGCACCAAACCACCACCCCAAGAUUACCCACUAUCGGCCCGCUCACAACCGCCUAGACGUUUACGAGGCCCGGUGCGAUCUGGCUGUGCUGAGUGGCCUGGAGCCACACGUGCACUGCGGCAUUCUAGGGCGAGGGCGUGCAUGGGACCAAAACAGCGAUGGUGCCCUGGAGGUGAUGCAGACCUUUUUGGCCCUCUGCCAGGAAGAAAGAGCGACGCCGUACGGGCCGCCUGCGGCCUUUCCAUGGUAUCGUCACGAGUGGGUUCAGCGUGUGUCUCUGCGAGAUGACCGAGCAGCGCGAGUUUCGCGACACCGCAUUCCGAGAUACAUUGCCAGCACCGCACCGCCGGGACGAAGGACGCGACGGGCACGGCGUCGUUUCAUUCGCCACAACACGGCUUUACCACAACAUCAAGCGUAUGCUGAGUAUGACGGAGCGGUAUCCAGAUCCUCCAGAGGACACUGGUCGGGGACGGCGGCGCACGCGGCUCAGAUCGAACGCCAUGUCGAAAGGGAAAGAGCGUGCUUCCACUGA